AUGACGGCAAAGGCUCUGAAAGGCGCCACCGUUCCCAAACCCUUCAACCUGUCAACAGGCAACAAGAAGAAGGCAGAGGGGCCGAGGGCCGAUGUGCCCAUGGGGCAGCAGUUCCAGAAUCGAACCCCCGAUCGCUACCAUCCGCGCAGUCGCAAGAGAAUAAACAAAGGACCCUCGGGGGUGAAGGGGGAUAAGCUGAAACUCACCCAGCCACACACCCCUCACUUGAUGACACGCCGGAGGAACCGCCCCUCCGUCACCAAGAGCAGCGCUGAGCUGGAGGAGGAGAGCGGAGAAACGCAGAAGUUUAAAAUCAUCGCCGUGGAGCUGAACCGGAAGAUCCUGGAGAGCGCAGAGUGCCUGAAGAGACCCCCAGUGAAGGAGUCCACAGUGCCUGAAGGCUCCCAGCUGCAGAUUGACAAGAGGCUGCAUGAGAGGCAGACCAAGAGGCCCCAGGAGGCCGAGGAGAAGCAUCCCAGCUUCAGAGCCCAGCCGCUGCCCAGAAAGAUCCUGGAGGGAGUCGUGGGUCUGCCAGACAAGAAGGUUCUGCACCCGACGGUGCCAGAGUCGCCAGCCUUCAUCCUGAAGAAGAGGGUCCGUAUGGAGAAGUUGGAGGAGGUAAAGCAGCCCUCGCCCAUCAAGGCCCCUCCAGUGCCUCACUUUGGGCUCCCCUUCCAGCCCCAGCUGCAGGAGAACCACCAUGUGGAGGUGUGUCCGUUCUCCUUCGAAGAGCGGGACCAAGAGAGGAGGGCCCUGAAGGAGAAAAAGCUGGAGGAGAAGCGCAAUGAAGAGGUGCCUCACUUCAAGGCCCAGCUGCUGCCAGCCUUUGACACCGUGUUCCUCCCUGAGAAGAAGAGGCUGGAGCCCACCAAGCCCGAGCCCUUCAAGCUGCUGCUGGACGAGCGGGGGGCCGUGAAGAGCAGUCGCUCAGAGCAGAUGGCCAAAGAGGAGCAAAAGCGUGAGGAGGCAGCAGUGUUCAAAGCCAGGCCCGACACUGUCACUCACAAAGAGCCUUUCCAGCCUAAAAAAUGCCCGCGGGCUCCAGUGGUCGUGAAGGCCUUUUCACAAGAGCGCAGUCUGAGCGGCCUGUGCCAGUGUCUAGUGGAGCUUUCCACUCAGCCAAUCACAGUGUGCCAUGGCUUCGCUCAGAGCAUAGAUGCAGCCCGAGCCAAUGCAGCCCACAAUGCACUGCAGUACCUCAAAAUUAUGGCCGGGGGAAAGUGA